GCGUGGAGACUCAUCUUCCAGUCUCAGACUCUCAACUCUCUCUAGUCUUCUCCACUCUGAAAACAAACAAAAAGAACCCCAAAAAUCGUACGGAUCCAAUGCCCCUCCAAAAUUCCCUCUUUCAACAGUGUUAGGAAAAAACCCUAAACCCUAAUUAUCAAUUUACCUUUUAUCACUCUCAUAAACCCUAAUAUUUCCGUACGAUCCCAACAUACCCCCCCUUUUUUAAGCCUUUAACCUAUCUCAAUUAGGGUUUUACCAAUUUUUUAAUCUUAUAUGAAUGGCUACGGGGCAAAUUGAAGGUGAAGAAGCAAAGAACAAUAAGGUUUAUACCAGGAAAAACCACAAUAAACCCAAAAAUUCCACUUUCGUCCCUCAGCAAACUCUUGCUACUACUACUACAACUGAUGAUAACAACUCUCAGCAGUUGCCACUCCAACCCUUCGAUGCUGUGGCGUCUGAUGAUUCUUCUAUUCAUAAUAGGUUGCAGCAGGGUGUACGGAAUGUUACCGAUGGGGUUUCAACAUCUGGGUAUGUAAAAUAUGAUAAUCUUGUUAAGAUUAGCUUGAAUGUUUUGUCAAAGAAUGAGGUGAGAGGUUUGAAGAGGAAGCUAGCUAGUGAACUUAAACAAGUUCGGGAUUUAGUUAAGAAAUUUGAAGGUAAAGAAAGUAGGCUUAGUGGGGGGUAUGCGAAUUCUCGGGUUUCGGGGAAUGAGAAUGUUGAUAGAGGUGGUGGGUGUUUAGUUAGAGUGAACUCGGAUGUCGGUUCUGUAGGAUUGCCUAGUUCGAGGUCUUUUCAUGGGUUACCUAUGGCAAUGGCAGAGCAUGAUCUUUGUAACGAUGAUGAUGUUGGUGGAAGCGAGUUUGUGGAGAUACGGAAGAGAAACCCGAAGGCAAAUCCGUAUUAUAAGAAUCCAGAGUUUGCUUUAGGGAUGGAGAAGUUGAAGCCUAGGGAGAGUAAUAAGAAGAUGAAGCCGACCGUUGGGAAGAGUAACGGUGAUCAAAUGGGAGGUGGGAUUGCAUCGGAGAAGUUCUCAAAUCGGUUGUUGAAGAGAUGUAGUAAUUUGCUGGGGAAGUUAAUGAAACAUAAGUUUGGUUGGGUGUUUAAUAAACCGGUGGAUGUGAAGGGACUUGGGUUGCAUGAUUAUUGUUCAAUUGUUAAGCAUCCUAUGGAUUUGGGUACGGUGAAGACUAGGUUGAACAAGAAUUGGUACAAGUCACCUAGGAAGUUUGCAGAGGAUGUGAGACUAACUUUCAAUAAUGCAAUGCUUUAUAACCCAAAAGGACAGGAUGUACAUUUUAUGGCUGAAAAAUUGUUGGAGAUAUUUGAAGAAAACUGGGCAGCUAUAGAGUCCGAGUAUAAUCUUAAUAGGAGGUUUGAAAGGACUCACGACUAUAGUUUGCCAACUCCCCCUUCAAGGAAAAUUCUUGCUCUGGCUCCAGCUUCAGCUCCGAUUCAAGCUCCUCCUACUUCAUCGCUAUCAUUAGAAGCUAGGACUUUGGAGGGACCAGGAUCCAUGGCAAUGCCCGAUGAUCCCAAGUCAAGAGAUGUUGACUUGACUCCUACUGGUAGGAUUGCAGCACCAAAGGAACCCAAGGCAAAGGAUCCUGAUAAGAGGGAUAUGACUUAUGAUGAGAAACAGAGACUCAGUGUAAACCUCCAGAACUUGCCUUCGGAUAAACUUGAUAGCAUUGUCCAGAUUAUUAAGAAGAGGAACCCAGCACUUUUCCAGCAAGAAGAUGAGAUCGAGGUGGAUAUUGACAGUUUUGAUCCAGAAACACUUUGGGAACUUGAUAGAUUUAUGACCAACUAUAAGAAGAGUUUGAGCAAACACAAGAGAAAAGCUGAAGUUGCACAUCAAGCAAAUGCUGAAAAUGAUGAUAUUCAGGAGACUAAUCCGGAACCACCUACUAAAGAGGUACCAAAAGUAGCUGAAACAGUGGAGAGGAUUGUUCCCACAUCACCUUCAGUUCAUGGAGAAAGGCUACAAAAUAAUCAGAGUGGAUCAAGUAGUUCAAGCAGUUCUAGUAGUGGCUCUGGAUCCUCAUCAAGAGACUCUGACAGUGAUAAUUUAUCCGGAUAAGGUGACCCUGUCUUUGAUGGACUUAACUGAGAGUUUGACAUGCGUCGGAGUUAACCUAUUUGCUCCUAGUUCCACGUGUUGCUUUUGUAGAUCAUUUUAAGAAGGGAAGCUGACUCAAGAUCAUUACCAAGUAGAAGCCAAAAACUUCUAAAACUGCGACAAGAGUACCCCUAUCGAAAUGCGUGAACAAAUCCCGUCUGUUCUAACAUAUUGAAAUGGAUGGAUGUCAAGCAAUGCAUUUGUUUUCCAUCACUGAACUCACCAAAGCUGGAUCAUACAAACCUUAUCCAAUGGUAAACCUCUUUUCAAACAAAUUGUAGUAUUAGUUAUGGCUACUUUUGUUUAUCUCUUUGGCUAGCCUUCAUUCCUUUAGGAUAUAACACAAGUUUUUAAAGAUAAAGCAUCAAUUUCUCUUAUUAAAGAUGUUAUAAGCCAAUAUGAGGUUAAGGUGUUUUCAAAUCCGGGUGAUUUGACUGCAAAAAAGAUGGGCUGCAGAAUAAAUAAAAACACAAGCCAAAAAGCAGUUUCCCCAGAGCAAAUGUGAUUUCAUAAUUUAUAUAGUUAAAUGAAUGGAACACCCCAACUAAACUGGAAAAAUAGAUUUUUUUUAAAACCAAACCCUCCUUUGUAACAGGUCACUGGGAAUUAUUACUUGAAAACUUGAUGGUAUGUAGGGCCUAUCCUAUUCAGUAAAGCCGAUGCUGCUUGCAGCAUGAAAUACAACAGUAACACAAAAAAAACUUUUUAAGAAUUUCGGAUUGGGCUAAUGGAAGAAAUCAUAAGUAGUUCAGGUUUAACUCUGGUUGGCGAACUUGAUCCCCUUCUCAAUAGAUGAUUUAAGUUCUGGUUUGAGGCUCUCCAGCCCUUCUUUCUCGUACUCAGAGAGAGGGCCUAACCCCAAAACUUCCUCGACACCGUUCUUUCCAAGCCUCACCUGCGAGCCA